AUGACCGUCACCCAAGCUCGCGGCGCAGCCAACAAGGCGAAGAAGCAUCAGCCUAUCUUGCAAGCAGCCCACACUCUCAUGCCAACAUCACAGACUAAUAAACCACCCAGAUUCGAUGAUAGGUUCCUUCACCUACACGUAGGCCCGCAGCGCUGUUCAUUCUCUGCGCACGAAGAUGUGCUUUGCAAGCAAUCCACCUUCUUCAAGAACAGGCUCCAGCAAGUAUGCAAAGAUACUGAGGGCGAGUGUGUCCUAUGUCAUGAAGAUAUGCAUGCGUUGACGGCAAGGCUCGCCUAUUGCAAGACAUUUGGGAACAACCUGCAUCGAAAGUCUUUGAGAGAGUGGCGCAAUACCAACAAUACUUGUCCCACAUGUCGUGCGGAGUGGGUCACGUCUUCAAUCUUCAGGAGUGUCGUUAUCAUCGACGUCGACCCAGACGGAUUCGAAACAUACCCCCAGUGGCUCUACCAACGCACUAUCCCGACCUAUGCGAUGGAUAACGGAAACGACGAACUCCGCUGCUUCAAACUGAUCGACGCGCAUGUCGUGGGCGAGUUCCUUGAAGACAAAGAGUUUGUGCAAGUUGUGCGCCAGGAAAUUAUCAACUGCAGCUUGCAGAUGAAUGAAAUGGCCCAUCACAAGAUCUUGCUACAUGUGUACGGGAAGACGAUUGGUUCCUGCACCCUUCGUAGGUUCAUUAUCGACUUGUAUGUUCUUCGGGGCAGCUACGAGUUAUUGGACAAACUGGAAACUACGAGCACUAUAUUUCGAGAUAUUAUGAGAUCCAUGAUGGAGAAGGCGAAGACUCAAGACGUGAAGGUGGUUUGGGACUGCAUGAUUUCGGCUGGACAUAUCGAGCAGGACGAGAUGAGCCCUAGCGAGGGUGGUGAGACCGGAAAUCAGGAUCUGAGAGACUAA